GUCCUCUCCUCUCGACCAGCUGACCUCGCUGACGGAGCACACAGCCACGCCGCAGCGCCGCGUGGGUGUCUGUCUAUAGCCUUGUAGGUCGUUCGCAGGUAGGUAACCGUAACCUAGCUAGCUCGUCGGGAUGAUGAUGAUGAGCGGUCGAGCGGCCACCGCGGGGCGGUACCCGUUCACGGCGUCGCAGUGGCAGGAGCUGGAGCACCAGGCGCUCAUCUACAAGUGCCUGGCGUCCGGCAAGCCCAUCCCGUCCUACCUCAUGCCACCGCUCCGCCGCAUCCUCGACUCCGCCCUCGCCACGUCGCCGUCGCUCGCCGCCUUCCCGCCGCAACCCUCGCUGGGGUGGGGGGGCUGCUUCGGGAUGGGCUUCAGCAGGAAGCCCGCCGACGAGGACCCGGAGCCCGGGCGGUGCCGGCGCACGGACGGCAAGAAGUGGCGCUGCUCCAAGGAGGCGUACCCGGACUCCAAGUACUGCGAGAAGCACAUGCACCGGGGCAAGAACCGUUCAAGAAAGCCUGUGGAAAUGUCCUUGGCCACGCCGGCGCCGGCCUCCUCCGCCACAAGCGCCGCCGCCGCCGCCACCUCCUCGUCCCAGGCGCCGUCCUACCACAGCCCGGCCCCCGCCGUGCCGUACCACGCGCCCUACGGCGCCGCGUACCAUCACACGCAGACGCAGGUGACGAUGAGCCCCUUCCACCUCCUCCACCUCGAGACCACCCACCCGCACCCGCCGCCGCCGCCGCCGCCGCCCUACUACUACGCGGACCAGAGGGACUACGCCUACGGCAAGGAGGUCGGCGAGCGCGCCUUCUUCUCCGACGGCGCGGGCGAGAGGGACCGGCAGCAGCAGGCCGCGGGGCAGUGGCAGUUCAAGCAGCUCGGGACGAUGGAGGCGACGAAGCAGCCGUGCACCACGCCGCUGCUCGUCCCCGCCGCCGGGUACGGCCACGGCGCGGCGUCGCCGUACGGCGUCGGUCAGGCCAAGGAAGACGAGGAGGAGGAGGAAACGCGGCGGCAGCAGCAGCACUGCUUCGUUCUUGGCGCCGACCUGCGGCUGGCGGAGCGGCCGUCGGGGGCACAUGACGCCGCCGCGCAGAAGCCGCUCCGGCAUUUCAUCGACGAGUGGCCGCACGAGAAGGGGAGCAAUAAGGCGGGGUCGUGGAUGGGGGGGCUCGACGGCGAGACGACGCAGCUCUCCAUGUCUAUCCCGAUGGCGGCCGCUGCCGACCUCCCCGUCACCUCCCGCUACCGUACGUGAUGGCGGCGCGCACUAUGAGUGAUUGCCAGCAAGAAAUGUUUUGUGGUUGCUGCGACCUCGAGGUGGCGAGGCCACAUGAAAAAAAAAUACUGGAGCUGGAACACGAGUGGUUCUUUCCUGUGCCGUUUUGCUCAGGGCCGGUCGGCACGGUUUGAAGAAGUUGGGAAGAGAAGUAAAAUAAACCUCCUUGGGAGUGUUACGUUUCCUGUAAUUGCUUGCUUCCUUUGCUGUACCUGUGAGACGACGCUUAGUGCUAGAAGUGAGGGCCUUUCCUGAUCUCAGCUCUGGUCUGGAUUUGCCUUUUCCCGCUGUCGGAUUCCUCUGCCUGUCUGUGAUGGUUUGUCUGUGAUGGUUUGUGCUCAGAGCCUGCAGCGAAUACUAAACCGC